UCCGUGACACAGCAAACGCAGAAAGACAAAGUCCAUUUGGAUGCGAGUGGGAACGGAGUGAGAGGGGCCAUUUUGACUUUCUAGUUAAAGGAAAUGACUGGUCUGACGGGGUCUGGGAGCCGAAGUACCCAGGGUCUAAGGAUAACUCUGGGACCAUGACAGCCAUGACUCUCACAGAUGACCUCAGAUUUCUGCAUUCUGGGCAACGUCAGGUGCCACUGAACUUGAUCUGACACCUUUCCCUAGAGGAUGGCCAAGGGGCUCUUGGUGACCUAUGCCCUCUGGGCUGUAGGGGGCCCUGCUGGGCUCCACCACCUGUACCUGGGGCGGGACAGUCAUGCACUGCUUUGGAUGCUUACCCUGGGGGGUGGUGGGCUGGGCUGGCUCUGGGAAUUCUGGAAGCUCCCAAGCUUUGUAGCUCAGGCCAAUAGAACCCAGGGGCAGAGGCAGAGAUUGGAAGGGAGGACACCCCCUCUGAGUCUUACUCGCUUUGUCGCCCAGAUGAUAGUGGGCAUCUAUUUUGGCUUGGUAGCUCUCAUUAGCCUUUCUUUCAUGGCCAACUUCUAUAUUGUGGGCCUCCCACUGGCAGUUGGCUUAGGGGUCUUGCUGGUGGCUGCUGUUGGCAACCAGACCACAGACUUUAAGAAUACUCUAGGGGCAGCAUUUCUUACUUCCCCUCUCUUCUAUGGCCGCCCCAUAGCCAUUCUGCCUAUUAGCUUGUCUGCCAGCAUUACAGCCCAGAAGCAUCGCCGCUAUAAAGCUUCCAUUGGGUCAGAGACGCUCAGCAUUCGGCUCUAUCGUCUGGGCUUGGCUUACCUGGCUUUCACAGGUCCACUAGCCUACAGUGCCUUUUGCAACACAGCUGCCACCCUCAGCUAUGUAGCAGAAACCCUUGGCUCCUUCUUGAGUUGGUUCAGCUUCUUUCCCCUCAUUGGUCCCCUCAUGGAGUCUGUCCUCCUUCUGCCUUACCGGGGCUGGAGACUGCUGAUGGGGGAUCCUCGCUUCAGCAGCAGCAACUUCCAGGAAUGGGAGAAGCUCUAUAAGUUUGUUAGCAGUUUUCAGGAUGAGAAGCGCCAGCUGGCUUACCAAGUUUUGAGUCUCUCAGAGGGGGCAACAAAUGAAGAAAUACAUCAAAGAUACCGGGAGCUAGUAAAGAUCUGGCACCCUGACCACAACAGGCACCGGACCGAGGAGGCUGAGAGGCAUUUCCUGGAGAUUCAGGCUGCGUAUGAAGUCUUAAGUCAGCCCAGAAAGCCCAGGGGAUCCUGGAGGUGAGAAGAAAUUUCCCCUUGUGGAUGGACUCUUUCUGGCAGAACGAAGCAGCUUGUCCCAUCCAGAUUUGCCUACCCGGGUCAUCCCAGUAGCAUUAAAGAAACUCUCUGCUUGCAGUGGGGGUGACAACAACUUAAAGGGGUAAGAAAGCUUUUGUGUAGAAGAAUGUAUUUAUGUUGCAAAUUUCUGAAUUCUCAUUAUUGUAUUCCUGACAAUUUCUUCUUAAAAUCAGAUAGUGAAAUGAAAGGCAUAUUAUAAAACCAGUAAAAUAUCUUUUAGAGAA